AGUCAAUGCAAAAUACGCAUCUAGUUUUUUUAGAGUUACCAUACAUAUUAUAUCUAGUUCAUAAUUUUAUCAGCAUUUUUUCGCAAUGUUUUGGUCGAAACCUCUUAAUUACUUGAAGAAUCAUGGGCAAGGGAUCUCUCGUUCAAUUACAAUUCUAGAGAUAGAGAAUCCAUUAAAAAUAACCGCAUGUGCUGGAAUUGGAAUUUCUGGUGGUAUUGCUCUUGCCAUUUACACAUACAAACAUAGCACUUCUCGAAUUUGGCCCCUUAUGUCUUCUGCGAUUGCCAUUGGAGGGAUUUCCAUGGUCUUCACCAGAAUACGAAAACUUUACCGGAGAUCAACACUUAUUGAAAGGGAACAGAUCUGGUCAGCUUGGAAUCUGGCAAAUGGAACUGUUUUUUACAUCACGAGUGUUUAUGCAUUCAGCGAAGCAUUGAAACGUAAUGAUAAACUAUGGAUGCCCUGCCUUGGACUUGCUGCAUCUGCUUAUUAUUUCGCCGUAUCUUCCAUGCAUAAUUUGGAACGAGCUUUCAGCAGGAGGAUUUAUUCGAAGUGCUUUCAAAAGAUGUUUGAACCAACUCUAAUCGCAUGCGCAACCAUUUAUUUGUUGCAUUUUCGAAAUCACAAGGAAAAAUGGUUGCAAUGGUUUCCAUUUGUCAUAACUGCUAUAACUGGAAUUAAAACUGCUUAUUUUGGCUUCCUCAGAAAAGAAUGUGAAGAGGAACCCAACACGUUUCUGCUUAAAUGGAUUGAAAUUCUGACGGGUGGCUGCUUGAUUGCGGGAAGCUGUGCAGUAUUGACUAAUUACGCGUCAGUAAACAAUUACCCAUAUUUUUGGUCUGUUCUGUUUUUUUGUAUGAGCAUUGGUGGCCUCGGUGUCAUUUACUGUUCACUCGAAUGCUUGCAGGAACAUUAUCGCAUGGAUGAAUACAAGUUCUCUUGUGUCGUUGCCAUGAUAAUUGGUGCAGUUUUCUUUAUUCCGGCUGGUUUCCUGACCAUUUUUUUGUUAAAUCCAUAUGAGAUGUUUCAUUUGUUCCUGGUUUUGGUUGGUACUGGUCAGUUCCUAUUCUGGAAAUCGCACUUAAAUCUUUACUUAUGCCUUCGAAAUCCAGAAUUUUACAGUAUAUGUCUAAAAGUAUGGGGGCCCAUGAUAUCAAUGUACGGCUCCAUCGCUGCAACAUAUUUUGGUUGCGGUGCAGGAUGGCGUUUCUCUAUACCUCUAAUGUCUUUCGUUCCCCUUGGAAUUUUAAUUUCAUGCAUAGGUUUUAAAAUGGAAACUUUUGAUGACUAUUGACAAUGGCAUAUUUGAAUGCCAAGUGUAAGAGCUUCCAGCACCAUUUUUGCACUUGCCCUGAUUAUUUGUGCACAAUUAUCUUGAUAAAGUCCAGCACCGUUUUGUACUGCUUUCUCAUCCUGAUUUAUUUAUGCACAACUAUUUGAAUUAUUUUCGAGUUUUCCUUCGAUGUUAAAUAGUUUAGAAGAACGAAGAUUCAAGAACUCCAAGUUUGUUUAUGCAAUAUACCAUGUAGAUAUUUGCUUUUUACCUUUUUAACUCGACUUGUUCUAAAAUGGAACAAAAAAAAGUUUUUAUGCUUAUUGAAUUUAUAUUUUUAAGCUAAAUGAAAUGUAAUGUUUUUGACAAUUGUUAAUCAAGCUUUUUAUUUGAGCAAUAUAAAUGUCACUGUAUGUGUGUGUAUAUAUACAUUGAUAAAAUGUGCACAGAAGUUGAAUUAUUCGUUGCUUUUAAUUGUGCUAUGUACAUUUGUG